GAACACACUUCUAGUAGCUAGUUGUCUUGGGUUGUGAAAGUCCGUUGUUAAAAAGGUUAAUUUCUUGUAGAAAACAAUUUAUAAGAAAAAACAAAUAAAUUGUGUUAAACAUUUAAAUUAUCUAUUAAUUAUGGCUGAAAAGCUAGAAGAUUUAAAUUUACCCAACACGUCUGUUCAAAAAAUUAUCAAAGAAGCUCUUCCUGAUAACAUUAAUAUAGGAAAAGAUGCACGAUCUGCAUUAUCUCGUGCCGCAUCAGUUUUUGUUCUUUAUGUAACAUCUCAAGCUUCCAACGAGGCUCAUAAAAAUAACAGAAAAACUUUAAUAGCCAAAGAUGUUAUUAAAGCUUUAGAAGAAUUAGAUUUUGUCAACUUUGUAGGACCACUAGAAGAAGCACUUAAAGAGUUCAAAGAAUCUAAAGUAAAAAAGUCUAAAAGUAAGAAACCAAGUGAAGAGAGUAAUAGCAUGGAUGAAGAUGAAAAGUCGGAAGUUGUAGAAGAUGAUUAGGAGAUAGGAUGUUAUUAGGUUAUUUUUUAUAUUUUAAAUAAAUUUGUUUUCAUACA